AUGGUUGAAACUAGUGAGAAGAAUUCUUCUCCAUCUUCUUCUUCUUCUUAUGGACGUAAAGACUUGGAGUUUUUCAAGGUUUAUCUUCCAGAAUUCAGUUCUAACGAACUUGUGAUACCUCAAGCAUUCAUAAACAUCUUAGAUAAGCCAUUACCUAAGGAAGUGGCGUUAGUAGAUGAGACCGGAUGGUUAUGGGAUGUGGAGACAAAGACAGAAGAAAGAGUUGGUGUUGUUGUUUUCAGACAAGGUUGGGCAGAAUUUGCAAAAGAUCAUUCUCUUGUGUUUGGUGACUUUUUGGUGUUUAGAUACGACGGCGACUCUAGAUUUGACGUAAAGAUUUUCGCUAAAGACGGAUGUAAAAAAGACCUUGAUAGAUUUAGGGUUCCUGGUGAGAAAGAACCGGUUAUUGUUAAACCGGUGGGUAUUUCUAUCAAACCAGAACCUUGGGAAGGUUGUGGCAAGAGGGUCAUGAAGAAUCCUAAACGCGUUUCGGUUAGGGAAGAGCCUAGUGUUCUUGGUGAGAUUGAACCGGACCACCGAAGAAAUACUAGGAAAAGGGUCAACCGGGCUAGAGAUCCUUGUGAGAUGUCAUGGGUUCCUGAGAAGAAACACAAAGGAUUUGAAGAACCGGUUUAUAAACCGAAGAAUCCGCAUUUUGUGAGGAAUAUUACAGCCCGUUCACUUCGAUUAUUGGAAAUACCAACAACUUUUCUGAAAACGAAUGGGAUCGAGAUAGAGGAAGGCCAAGACAUCGAGCUUUGUGAUGAAAAUGGAAAGAAGUGGCCAUUGAAGAUUGAGAAACACGAUAGAGGACACAUAUUCUCACAUGAUUCAUGGGUGUGCUUCUGUGAAAGCCAUAAAUUGAGGAAUCCCAAUAAAUGUUUGUUUGAGUUUAUUGUGUCAAGUAAUGGGACAUGCAACCAGAUUCUAGUUCGUAUAUUCCGUGAGACGUUGCUUACUACUGCUACCAAAAGUGGUUACCACGUUCUUUCUAUGUAA